UUUACAAUCGGAUUGUCAAUAUGAAGCAAAAGACGGCUAAACGAAAGUGGAAAGAAGAGGAACACUUAAACGAGAGCCAGAGUAAUUCACUUUCAUCGACUGACGUCAUUACCAAGGAGGCGAAGGAAGCAGCUGUGUGGCUCCAACAAAACGAAAAGCCUUGGUCUGCCACACUUGAUAAGUGGACCUAUUCAUUUCCGCUGCGAAAAUCGAUGCUAAGAAAGUCCGACCAGCAAACAACACUUUUUCAGGAAUACCACCAUUAUAAUGACGAAUUCGGCUACCAACUAGUCGACAUUGAUUUUCACUUGUUAAGCAUUGGUAACAGGGAAGGCUGGAAGAAGUGGGAGUUAUUACUUCCUAAAAUUAUCAAGUAUAUUGAUAGGCCAUACAAGGAAGAGCCCUCGAAAUCUGCGUUGAAACUUCUGAAGUCAUCUAACGUGAGUCAGUGUCAACAAAUCUGUUGUGUACUGCUUCUGUUGAACAACCAUCUAAGACCAACAAAAGUAACACGAACAUUCAAACCAUCGGUCUUAUUUGCACAAGAGGAGAUCAUUUCAUUUGCAGAGACGGAUGAGCAAUAAGUCUACGAAAAAGUGCACAAACAUUGCAUAAACAACAUUUGAUCAUGUUUAUUAAACAGAAUGUAUAUGACAACAAUAUUGUUGAAAACGUUUGCACAGCAACGUUUAUACAAAUUCAGAUGAGCAUCGAAUGUAGUUGCCCUGAUUGUAGUUUAAGAAUCGUUGAAUAAUGAAUUCUGAAACAAUCUGCCUUCGAUAGUCAAUCCGUGCGCGCAUCCGUUGCCCAUCACUGUGAAAACAGCAACAACAAACAGUUUCGAUCUGAAAUUAUGCUUUUUAGUAUAAUUUUAUGAUAUUAAGCAAAAACAAGCUUUAUACUAUUCGAAGGAUUUGGUACAGCUUUGAGUUUUGCGAAUGUCGCUGCAUUUUCCACUGUUUUUUGUUGUACUUGUAGCAUCCUACACAACAAUCAGUGUUUUUCACUAACCACUGAUAUGAUAUGUACCACUCUUUUCGAACUUUUAGAAAGAUUUGUCAACAAUGAUGAAUCAACAGCAAUUAUGUUGUGUUGAACAACAUUUAAAAGAACAUCAUUAUAAUUAACAGUUAUCAUACAGUAAACUUAUUUCACAACAAAUGAAACAAAUAUCUCCCGUAGUGACGUAAAACUGAUACAAAGAGAAGCAAUUAAACUUAAUUCUGGCAUAGUAACUGAAAUUGAAAAACUUCUUCCUUACAUGAAUGCAAAUGAUCCUCAAACAGAAUUCGAAUUUCAAAGUUAUCUGUCAAAAUUAAAAAAUCCUUUUCAAUUGAUUGAUACUGAAUAUAAAUUUUUGAAAUAUUUAGAAGAAAAUAAUAUUUUUCGUAUGCCACAAAUAAUAACAAUUGUGAAUGAUGCAGUUGUAACACAUGAUGAAUCGGAUUUGGACGUCCAAGAAAAAAGUCAUUUGGUAGUUAUGGAUAUUGAAUUUCAACUCAAAUCCGUUUUCAGUUGCCCGAGUGUUUUAGACAUUACAAUGAAACGAAUUAGUGCAUAUCAAAAUUCCGAAUUCAUAACCAGUUUAGUAAAUGGAAGCAAUUGGAAGAAAAUUCAGGAGAAGUAUCCAGACGAGGUUCUUAUACCUAUUUCACUGUAUGCAGAUGAGUUCGAAAUUAAUGAUAACCUCAGCUCACAUAACAAAAGGCACGUUGUUUGUGGUGUCUACUAUUCAAUCCCAGUUUUGCCCGAAGAAUUUAAAUCUAAAUUGUGCAACAUUUUUGUUGCAGCAAUGAUUAAGAAAGUAGAUUUAACUGAAAAAGGAUUUAAUAUGCUUUUUAAAUACGUAGUGGAAGUAUUCAAAGAUAUUGAAGAACGAAGUACUAUUCUUAAUGUCGAUGGUAUCGACAAGAAUGUGAGGUUUGUCACAGUUUUACUACAGGGCGACAACCUUGGCAUACACCAAUUACUACAAUUUUCGUCAUUCAAUGCAAACUUCUAUUGUCGCUUU